AUGUCGAGCCACCCGCGCGAGCACCGCCCCGUCACGGCGAUGGACUGGGCCGCUCUGGCGCUCGGCGACCACUCCGCCCUCCGCACGGGCGCGCCGCUGCGCGCGCCGGUUUACAGGGGUGCUGGCGCUCCGGCUCCAGCCGAGAGCCUGAGUGAGCCGCUGAUCACCGCCCCUGGCCCGGCGAUUGAGGACUUUCCCAGCCUGAUGGACGCGGUUGCGCCUCCUCCGGCGACGACCGCGUCCGGCUACAAGCGGAUCCCGGAGUCGGAGCGCGUGCAGGCGGCAGUCGAGGCGGCGUGCGUUGCCGCCGAGGCCAGAAUGGGGAAGAAUGCGGAGGGCAUCGUCUCGUGCCUGCGCUUCUCGGCGCCCGCGAUCGGCGUCGGCUGGCGGGUCCUCUUCGUGCUGGUCAAGCUCUACGUGUGGCUCUUCAAGGUGGGGUACUGGGUGUACGAGCGGCUGCCAAAGGCGCUCGCCCGCUUCAUCUUCGGGCUGACGCUCGCCAUGUUCGGCGGGACCUACGUCGUCACCCUCGCCGCGGUCGAAGGCUUCCACAAGCUCGGUGGCGCCAAGCUGUGGGGUGAGAUCGUGUACAUCUACGAGCAGGUGCUCAUUGUCGAGGCGGCGAGCACCAAGGACGACGACCGUGACGAGGACGCGGACGGCAUCGCGGACGUGGACCAGAUCGCGCCGCACGAGCUGCUCCGGCGCAAGACGGUGGUCGCAAUGGAGGCCAUAACAGAGCCCGACCGACUGCAGACGGCCGUGGGCGCUUUCUGGACCGCCUAUCUGGCGCGUGCCUCAGCGGUGCUGGCCUCGCUGAAGGUCAUGUUCGCGCGGACGGUGGCGCUGGCGCUCGGGAUCGCCGAGAUGCUCAACCUGCCGUGCACGCGGGUGCUCGCGCCCGUCAUCGCCCUGUGCCUUGGCCCAAAGACCAAGCACUGGGCCCCGACGAUCGUCUCGAGCAUGAUCAACGUCAUCGCCAUCAUCUUCGCGUGGUACAUCCAGAUGGUCAUCUCGGCCUUCUACUCGGGGCUGCGCGGGGGGCGCAUCGCUGGCAACGCCUUUGUGGACCUCGUCUCCUUCACAAAGGUCGAGAUACUUUGCGACUCGCUGCGCGACGGGUUUUGCCCCAACGCGGAGUUUCUCAACUUUUUCAACAACAAGAUUGGCGGUGAGGGGCUGGAGCAUGUGAUGCAGUUCCUCAAGGAGCGCGAGAGAGACAAGAGCAAGAUCCUGCCAAAGCUGAACCGCGUACGCGUGGGCAAGAACAAGCUGUCGUCCGAGCAGCAGCAGGCGCUGAAGGAGCUCUGCUCGGAGCUCGGCCUCAAGUGUGAGACGUGA